GGGCAGGCUCAACCGCCUUGAUAUUUUCAGAGAAAAGCACUGCCCUAACUGCCCGAACCCUUGUAGAGAGAUUACGGGCAGCUUCCUCAGUAACCCCCUCCCCUUCACCCAAACGCUCCAGAACGAAGAGUCCUCUCUCUUUCUAUCACAAUCUCUUGGUCUCUAUUGAUUCUCUGCUUGAUCGAACGGUCAGAAAUCAACGCUGCUUCUAAUCUGAUUUUUUUCAUCUUUUAGCUUCUAAAACUCUCCGAUCUGCUUUAUCCAAGCUCAGAUCUAUUUCUCUGCGGUGUGUUAUUGCAGGUGGUGGUUGGUGUAUUUGUGGCGAACCUUACCGAUGGAGACUAACGGUGGUUCAGUCAACGUCGCUGUAAUUAGUCAGAACUUGCUAUCCUGCGCCGGCGAGGCUUUGGUGGUUUCGCUAGUAGUAUCUAUGAUAGUCAAAGCUCAGGUUCUCACACUCACCCAGGACUACUUGAAGCUAUUGACGGACAACCCUAAAGUGCGAGGUGACCAUCCCACAUCUUGCCCAAGCAAGCCGCUUGAUGCGGAGAACGACAGUGAUGAAGACGGAGAUGAGGAUGAGGAUGAGGAUGAAGAUGAAGAUGAAGAUGAAGAUGGAGAUGAAGAUGGUGAAGGUGAGGAGGACAUUAACCCCAACAACAAUAAGAGUGCCUCCAAGAAAGGUCCGGAAGGAGGUGCAGGUGGUGCGGAAGAGAAUGGUGAAGACGAAAACGACGAGGGAGAAGAUGAACCCGAAGGCGACAAUGACGACGACGACGAUGAUGAAGAUAACCCUGAGGAUGAUGAUGAGGAAGAUGAAGGCGAGGAGGAAGUUGUAGAAGAAGAAGACGAGGAUGAGGAAGACGGAGAGGACGAGGAAGAAGAAGGGGAGGAUGAGGACGAGGAAGAAGAACUUCAGCCACCAAAGAAGAGGAAGAAGUAAACUACCCAUCACUAUAACUCCAAACUCUCAUAAUGUGCGCAACUUUGUACCCUAACAACUGCCUAUACUGGCAUACGAAGGUGUAUUAGUUUGACCCCUUCCUGUACUUUAUUCUGUUUCUUACACCGUUAGAUUACCUUAGAACUUCGAGUUAUGGCAUAAGUGGCACUCUUAAGUUCAUGAUAAUGGUGAUUGACAAGCCAAGGUGUUUCUGCAUUA